AUGAAGCCCACGGCAUUGCGGUCAACCAUCAUUGCGGUUUGUCUUUCAAUUGGGACGACAAUGCUGCUCUACUUGGGCAUUUUGGGUGCCCUCACCGCCAGACCAUCAUUACAGGCUCAUGCGAUAUAUCUUCACAAAGUCGCCUUGACCUGGUUCAAAGACCUCAAUGUCCCAGAACAGUUUGGCUUUGCCCAUAAUCAGGUUACACCAUUCUAUAUCCCAACACCUGAUGGCGAGAAGCUGCACUCAUGGCAUAUUUUGCCCCUGGGCGCCUACAUCGACAAUCAAUCUAAGCUUCUAGCGCAAGGGACUGGAUUGGUGGACAGUUUCGAAGAAACGCUCAAUUUCAAACUGCUGAAAGAUAACUCAAAUGCUCGCCUCGUUCUUUAUUUUCACGGCGCAAGUGGCACGUUGGCUAGUGGGUGGCGGCCGGAUAGCUAUCGUUCCAUUUAUGCUGCUGACUCUGUCAACACGCAUAUACUGGCCUUUGACUAUCGGGGCUACGGCAAAUCAAGUGGUGAGCCCUCUGAAUCUGGAAUCAUCCAGGAUGCUCUUACCAUUGCGGCCUGGGCUAUGGAGGUGGCCGACAUUCCACCGGAGCGUAUUGUUGUAUACGGCCAGAGCCUCGGCUCCGCGGUCUCGAUUGCUCUGGUCAAUGAGUUGGUUAAAAGAGAACAGAGGACACAUUUCGCUGGUCUCAUAGUAACCGCAACCUUUUCCGAUGUCGCCCAACUGGCAGCUACAUAUCGAAUUGGAGGUGUUAUUCCUGUGCUCUCUCCUGUCGCUAAGGUUGGUCCGCUGUUCAAGUAUUUAACAAGUCGCUUGGCCAGUACAUGGGACAACCAAAAACGACUGGGCGAAAUCAUUGAGUUGGCUGAACAAUUUGAUAUCACUUUGUUGCAUGCCGAGGAUGACCCAAUCAUCCCAAUUGAUCACUCACAUCGCCUGUUUCGACAUAUGAUUAAUGUCGUGGAAGAGGCCGAGAUUUACUCCGGUGUUGAUGCAAAUGAGAACCUAACGGAGAGAUUGGAGAGCAGGCGGGAAUCUCGGGGUGAAGGAGGAUCUGUUGUUGAAUGGCCAACAAGUAAAGGGACGAUUCGAUUCCUUACAUUGAACUAUGGCGCUCACGAUGAGAUCAUGUCGCACACUGCGACAAGCAUUGCUAUUAGCAAAGCGUUUGGUUCCUAUUGA